UUUCCGCCUCUGGCGAAUGGCUCGUCUGUAGUGCACGCCGCGGGCCCAGCUGCGACCCCGGCCCCGCCCCCGGGACCCCGGCCAUGGACGAACUGUUCCCCCUCAUCUUCCCGGCAGAGCCAGCCCAGGCCUCUGGCCCCUAUGUGGAGAUCAUUGAGCAGCCCAAGCAGCGGGGCAUGCGCUUCCGCUACAAGUGCGAGGGGCGCUCCGCGGGCAGCAUCCCAGGCGAGAGGAGCACAGAUACCACCAAGACCCACCCCACCAUCAAGAUCAAUGGCUACACAGGACCAGGGACAGUGCGCAUCUCCCUGGUCACCAAGGACCCUCCUCACCGGCCUCACCCCCACGAGCUUGUAGGAAAGGACUGCCGGGAUGGCUUCUAUGAGGCUGAGCUCUGCCCGGACCGCUGCAUCCACAGUUUCCAGAACCUGGGAAUCCAGUGUGUGAAGAAGCGGGACCUGGAGCAGGCUAUCAGUCAGCGCAUCCAGACCAACAACAACCCCUUCCAAGUUCCUAUAGAAGAGCAGCGUGGGGACUACGACCUGAAUGCUGUGCGGCUCUGCUUCCAGGUGACAGUGCGGGAACCAUCAGGCAGGCCCCUCCGCCUGCCGCCUGUCCUUUCUCAUCCCAUCUUUGACAAUCGUGCCCCCAACACUGCCGAGCUCAAGAUCUGCCGAGUGAACCGAAACUCUGGCAGCUGCCUCGGUGGGGAUGAGAUCUUCCUACUGUGUGACAAGGUGCAGAAAGAGGACAUUGAGGUGUAUUUCACGGGACCAGGCUGGGAGGCCCGAGGCUCCUUUUCGCAAGCUGACGUGCACCGACAAGUGGCCAUUGUGUUCCGGACCCCUCCCUACGCAGACCCCAGCCUGCAGGCUCCUGUGCGUGUCUCCAUGCAGCUGCGGCGGCCUUCCGACCGGGAGCUCAGUGAGCCCAUGGAAUUCCAGUACCUGCCAGAUACAGACGAUCGUCACCGGAUUGAGGAGAAACGUAAAAGGACAUAUGAGACCUUCAAGAGCAUCAUGAAGAAGAGUCCUUUCAGCGGACCCACCGACCCCCGGCCUCCACCUCGACGCAUUGCUGUGCCUUCCCGCAGCUCAGCUUCUGUCCCCAAGCCAGCACCCCAGCCCUAUCCCUUUACGUCAUCCCUGAGCACCAUCAACUAUGAUGAGUUUCCCACCAUGGUGUUUCCUUCCGGGCAGAUCAGCCAGGCCUCGGCCUUGGCCCCGGCCCCUCCCCAAGUCCUGCCCCAGGCUCCAGCCCCUGCCCCUGCUCCAGCCAUGGUAUCAGCUCUGGCCCAGGCCCCAGCCCCUGUCCCAGUCCUAGCCCCAGGCCCUCCUCAGGCUGUGGCCCCACCUGCCCCCAAGCCCACCCAGGCUGGGGAAGGAACGCUGUCAGAGGCCCUGCUGCAGCUGCAGUUUGAUGAUGAAGACCUGGGGGCCUUGCUUGGCAACAGCACAGACCCAGCUGUGUUCACAGACCUGGCAUCCGUCGACAACUCCGAGUUUCAGCAGCUGCUGAACCAGGGCAUACCUGUGGCCCCCCACACAACUGAGCCCAUGCUGAUGGAGUACCCUGAGGCUAUAACUCGCCUAGUGACAGGGGCCCAGAGGCCCCCCGACCCAGCUCCUGCUCCACUGGGGGCCCCGGGGCUCCCCAAUGGCCUCCUUUCAGGAGAUGAAGACUUCUCCUCCAUUGCGGACAUGGACUUCUCAGCCCUGCUGAGUCAGAUCAGCUCCUAAGGGGGUGACGCCUGCCCUCCCCAGAGCACUGGGUUGCAGGGGAUUGAAGCCCUCCAAAAGCACUUACGGAUUCUGGUGGGGUGUGUUCCAACUGCCCCCAACUUUGUGGAUGUCUUCCUUGGAGGGGGGAGGCAUAUUUUAUUCUUUUAUUGUCAGUAUCUGUAUCUCUCUCUCUUUUUGGAGGUGCUUAAGCAGAAGCAUUAACUUCUCUGGAAAGGGGGGAGCUGGGGAAACUCAAACUUUUCCCCUGUCCUGAUGGUCAGCUCCCUUCUCUGUAGGGAACUCUGGGGUCCCCCAUCCCCAUCCUCCAGCUUCUGGUACUCUCCUAGAGACAGAAGCAGGCUGGAGGUAAGGCCUUUGAGCCCACAAAGCCUUAUCAAGUGUCUUCCAUCAUGGAUUCAUUACAGCUUAAUCAAAAUAACGCCCCAGGUACCAGCCCCUGUAUGGCACUGGCAUUGUCCCUGUGCCUAACACCAGCGUUUGAGGGGCUGGCCUUCCUGCCCUACAGAGGUCUCUGCCGGCUCUUUCCUUGCUCAACCAUGGCUGAAGGAAACCAGUGCAACAGCACUGGCUCUCCAGGAUCCAGAAGGGGUUUGGUCUGGGACUUCCCUGCUCUCCCUCUUCUCAAGUGCCUUAAUAGUAGGGUAAGUUGUUAAGAGUGGGGGAGAGCAGGCUGGCAGCUCUCCAGUCAGGAGGCAUAGUUUUUACUGAACAAUCAAAGCACUUGGACUCUUGCUCUUUCUACUCUGAACUAAUAAAUCUGUUGCCAAGCUG